AUGCCUCCCGCCCUCCAAGGCCUCUCCGUGGGCGACGCGAAUGCACGACGGCCGAGCCGUUCGCACAUUGAUAAGGGCAGCCUGGCGGCCAAUGCAGAUGGCGUCUUCCAGCUACCAUCGCCGGAGCCAUCACCAAUCGACCCGCCGGUCGACCUCUUCCACGACGGUAAAAAGGUGCACGCAGACGCACAGGAGACGGACAAUGGCACGAAAAGGACGACACUGACUGUUCGUACCACCAACUGCGCUGCCGACAUGCCCGACAAAGCGUUGACGUCGACGUCGCCGUCGAUCCCGGUGGCCUCGCCAAAGAUUGCGUCUCCGACAAACCCGAGCGGCGUCCGGCGACUGUCGGCGAGCCAGAUGGCCGAGCUGGCCGCGUCGCUGCCGAUUGCUGCCUUGCCCGAUAACGGUGACAUUGAUCUUGUCACGGGCGGCGUAGCAGGAAAGGCCGUCCGGAGCGGGUUCAGCCCGCCGCUGGAUGGCUCAAAUACCGAGCCGGCUGCUGCUGUGGCAGCUGGUCAGCCUGACGAACCACGCCGUGUGCAGCGGCACUGGAACUCGACAGGCUCGCUCCGCACACUGUCGACACCGCCGACCAGCCGUCGCAAGUCGGCUGCCACACAGCAGCAGUUGCAGCAGCAUCUCCAGCAACCGGCAACACAAAGCACCCAGCAUGCCACGCCGCCGGUCGCCAGCAAUUCAGGGACACGCCGGCACUCGCAGAACACGGCCCCGCGGCCACCACCUCUGAACACAGACGGUGGCAAGGCCGGUGUAGCUGCCGGAGCAGGCGGCCCCACGGCGGCGUUACGGUCGGCUCCGCAGCUGGGUCUGGGUCCCAACGGCGAGGCGCCCGUUCACACGCCGACGCACCUGCCACCCAGCCACAGCGAACACCGCAUGCCCUCGCCCAUCCCGCCCUCGAUCCCGCUGCCGCCCAUGUCGCUGCCCACGCUGCUGCAGCUUGAGCUGGCCGGUCAGCGACCGAGCCCGCUCUACAUCCACCGCUCGUACGCGUCGGACAUUCCGUACGAGUCGCACGCCGUCAAGUUUGAGCGGCUCAAGAAUUUCUUGCUGCUGCCGACGUACCUGGAGCGGACCAUGUACUUUGGCGCGCUGGCGUGCCUGGACGCGUGGCUGUGGACGCUGACGAUCCUCCCGCUGCGGUUCUGCAUUGCGGCGAGCGUGCUGGUGCGGUGGUGGGGCUACAUCGUGUGGAAGGAGGUGCGGUGGAUGACGGCGUAUGUAUGGCGGGGUCUGGGGCGGAUGUGGCGGCGAGGGCGGCAGCCAAAGCCAAAGCCGGCGACGGCGACGGGCGGACGGCCACGCGGCCGCAGCAACGGCAGCUCGGUGAGCGACACGGACGGUCCGCGGGGCCGACGCCAUGUGCAGGCACAAGCACAGCAGGCACACGGUGCAGAGGCGCCCGCGCGGCCGAGCCAGCGGCUCUGGGGCCACCGGCGCACCAAGUCGAUGCCGUCGAACCUGACGUCGUUCCACAAGGCCGACCUGCUGCAGGGCGCCGUGAUUGUGUGCAGCUCGCUCGCGCUCAUGAACCUGGACGCCAGCCGCAUGUACCACUUUGUGCGGGCGCAGUCGGCGGUCAAGCUGUACGUCAUCUACAACCUGGUCGAGGUCGGCGACCGGCUGCUGUCGGCGCUCGGGCAGGACAUCUUUGAGUGCCUGUUCAGCGCAGAGACGCUGUCGCGCACGGCGUCGGGGCGGUCCAAGAUCCUGCUGCCGUUUGGCAUGUUCUGCCUGGCGCUCGCGUACAACAUUGCGCACACGACGGUGCUCUUCUACCAGGUGAUUACGCUCAACGUGGCCGUCAACUCGUACUCGAACGCGCUGCUGUCGCUGCUCAUGUCGAACCAGUUUGUCGAGGUCAAGAGCAGCGUGUUCAAGCGCACGGAAAAGGAGAACACGUUCCAGCUGGCGUGCGCCGACAUUGUCGAGCGGUUCCAGCUGUGGAUCGUGCUGUUCAUCAUUGCCCUGCGCAACGUCGUCGAGAUUGGCGGGCUGUCGGUGCCGGGCGCCGGCCUCGACCUGGGGGCCAGCGCCAGCGGCAUGCUCGAGGACAUGGCCGCCAAGGUGCCGCUGCACAACGCGUCGAUCCUGCCGGCCAGCUUCACGAUCCUGCCGUCGUGGCUGACGUCCGUCGAGGUGCUGUCGCCCUUUCUCAUUGUCAUUGGCAGCGAGAUGGUCGUCGACUGGAUCAAGCACGGCUACAUCAACAAGUUCAACAACAUCAAGCCCACCUUUUACAGCCGCGUCCUCGACAUCCUGUGCAAGGACUACUACACCAACGCCUUCCUCGCGCCCGCGCUGAUUCGCCGCCUCGGCCUGCCGCUCAUCCCGCUGUGCACGCUCUUCCUCCGCUCGUCGGUCCAGACGUACCACAUGUUCCUGGCCACCCACCUGCCGUCGCCGCUGCCGCCGUCCACGCACACGUCGCUGGUGGCCGAGGCGGCCGCGCCGUCGAGCCCGGCCAUGGCCGCCUCGCUCGAGCGCCUCGACCUGCUGAUUCGCAACGCCCUCGGCCGCGCGGUCCAUGGCAACCCGUACGCCGCCGUGGGCGGCGAUGCGGCGGCGGGCGCAUCGUUGUCGUCGUGGCGGUGGUCGAGCGACGACCUCAUUGCGGGCGUCACCAUGGUCGUUGUCUUCUUCCUCAUGUUCUUGAUCCUGCUCAUUGCCAAGCUGCUGCUGGGCAUGGCCCUGCUGCGGUACGCGCGCAACCGCUACGCCAACAUGAAGCGGCAGGAGCACGCCGAGGCGCUGGGCCAGGCGGAGCCGGCGUCGUUUGACGCGACGGGCAAGCGCACGGGCGGCUACGGCAAGGUCGAGGUGGGCGAGGACCGGCGGCGGUGGAUCUUCCAGGACGACGCGGAGGGCCUCAAGAAGGUGCGGGACCGCGAGCGGCGCGAGACGGGCAAGGGCAAGAAGGACAAGGAGAUGGACCUCAACAAGAUUACACGGCUCGAGCGCCACGUACCGCAGGUCGCCCGUCAGCUCGCGCGGCAGGCCGGCGGCGGUGUCGGUCUGGUUGUGCAGCACGGACCGCGGCAGCGACUCGAGCAGUGCCGUCAGGUCGGCUUUGCGCGCCGCCGCCGGCAGCUUCAGCCGCGCCACGUACUCGCGGUACAGCUUCUCCUUGUCUUUUUCCUUGUGGGGGGCGACCGUGUCCUUGAGGCCGGGCUCCUUGCGGUAUUUGCGCUUGAACUCGGCCCAGUAGAGCUUGGGCGUCGCGCGGUCCUGCAGCAGCUGCAGGUACGGCGCGCGGGGGUCCCGUUGGGCGGCGCGCGCCCUGUCCUCUGCCGCCUGCCGUUCCUUCUCGGCCUUGCGCAGGGCAAUAGCGUCGCGCGACCAGGCCUCCCAGACGGCCCGGCGCGUCUUCAUGUUGGGCAGCGCCGUGUAGCGCGGGUCGUCAAAGACCUUGCCCUCUUCAAUAAGCUUCUCCCAGGGGCUGAAGGGGUUGAUGUGGAAGUCGUCGAGCAGCGCGCGGAACUGCAAGGGGCCGUCGUCUUUAUCAUCGCCGCCGUCGCCGUCUCCCUCUUCUUCUUGCGCGUCGUAUUCGCCUUCGCCGUACUCCUCCUCGCCAUGGUCGUCGUACUCGGCAGCAGCGGCGGCCAGUUGGUAGGCAAUGUCGGCCUCGCUAAACUCGAUGGGGCCGCCGCGGUCGGCAGUGUUGGCCUUGUUGGCGUUGUCGGCGUAGCCUUCUUCGCCAUACGGUUCGCCUUCUGGGUCGUCUGUCCGUUGUCUCUUGCGCGGUCCGUCGCCGCUGUCACUAUCGCCACGCCUCGCCUCUUCUUCGUCUUCGUCGUCCGUCACUUCGACCUCUUCGUAGUCCGAGCCAAGGUCGUCGUCCACGAGAGGCGCCUUUGGCUUGUCUGUGUUCUCUGCCGUGCGGGUCGCCGCGCCUGGCUCGGCUGGUUCUCGUUUGCCCCCCAUGGCCGCAUCCACCUUCUUCUGGAUGCCCGCCUUGUCCAGCUCGAGGAUGGCGGGCAUCAGCUUUUCGGGGAUGCGCCAGUAGCUCGCGUUCUUGGCCGUGUUGAAGACAAACCGCCGUCCAUACUUUGUGUAGACCAGGACCCACGGCUCGUGGCCGGGAAUGGCAAUGCGUGA